AACACGAGGGGAGGGAAUGACUGCUGCACGCAAGGCGAAAAAGCGCUCGAGAUGUACUUUUUAGAGGCGUCUACCACAAAGGGGACGUGCGAGUUUGAUCUCGCAAUUUACUUUAGUAUUGUGUGCUAAUGAGUGGUUGGUCUUGUUUGUGAGGGUGUAUUUUGUAACUUUUGAUGCUGAAUGAAGGGGAGCCCAUCAGCGCGCCACCAGCACCAGGACGCACGGCGCGCCUCCACCUGGACGCAGCGGAGGAGCGAGAGGAGGCCACUUGGAGUUUUCCCCAUGGAUAUCAUAAUUUAAACGUUCACUGAGUCAUUUCAAUAGUGCCCUCGUUUUAUCCAGAUGAUAUUCUUGCUUUUUGUUUGGGAAGAAUACCCUCGGAUGCCUGACUUGUUGUCUUUCUGGCUUUCUUUGCACAUAUGAAGCUCCCGUGCAGGAUGUUACAGUCCAAGCGGCCCAGGCAUCAUUGGGCCACUGUGCACUUUCAUCACCAAAUAUCACCACAUUACUGGGGGCCGCGUUCUGUCUAAACAGAAGUCAUCCACCAUCCACUUUCUGCCACUAUCGAAAAGGGAUUCUUUGAGCCACCUCGUAUUUUCGGUGAACAUUGACAUUGGCUUUUACCGGUCACAUCUUUGGGCUACUAUGCAAUUAAAACUGAUCUCCUUUGUUUUGAUCAUCUUGCACUGCAUGGAUUACACUGGAUGCCAGCAGCACAACACCUCCAGGCACUGGCAACAUAAACAGAUCUCUGGUGUGAGUUCAGGGUGCCAGCAGGGUGGCUGUCUAACCUGCUCUGACUACAAUGGCUGCCUUUCCUGCAAGCCACGCUUCUUUAUGCAUUUGGAGAGGAGUGGGAUGAAGCAGAUCGGGGUGUGCAUGACUUCCUGUCCUUCAGGCUUUUACGGCACCCGCUCACGAGAAAGAAAUACGUGCACAAAGUGCAGUCCUGAGUGCGACUCCUGCUUCAACAAGAAAUUCUGCAUGCGCUGUCGGAUAGGUUUCUAUCUUCACCGCGGCGAUUGCCGGAAUAACUGCCCCGAGGACAUGGUCCGCAGCGAUACACAGAGGGAGUGUGUUCCCAUUGCAGAGUGUCCUGCAGAGUGUGAGUUAUGUGUGAACAGCGAGACAUGUACAAGGUGCCAGCCGGGCCUGUACCAGCUCAAUGGAAGAUGCCACCGCGUCUGUCCAGAUGAUUAUGAACCCAAUGACAAACUCAUGGAGUGCGUACCACAAGUGCACUGCCAAGUGGGUGAGUGGAGCGAGUGGACUCCCUGCUCUCGCUCGGGGAGAACCUGUGGCUUCAAACGGGGGCAGGAGACCCGCACACGGCAGGUCCUGCAGUACCCAUCACCUUUUGGCGGACCAUGUCCUGAGAUCUCUGAGAUCAAAGACUGUGUGAUCAUCAGGAGAACAUGUCCAGGACGAAGGCCAAAUGAUCGAAAACAACGGAGGAAUCGCAACAACAACCGCAAAGACAACAAGGGGGUCAGAAGGGAGAAGAAACGAGAGCGCGAGAGGGCUCGAGACACGGGGGACCGCCAAGACAGCAGGAACAAAACGGAGCACAGGCAUCGGCGAGGUCAUGACCUGCAGCCUUUCUCCCCCAAGGAGGGCCUUGUACAGUAGCUCUGUGGACACGUUCAAAUAAGUCUAACACCUCCCAAAACCUUCCUCCUCCUCUUACGUCUCACCCACUCUUUGCCCAUCUCUACUCCUGUCUGCGGGGGUGUCGCUGCUACCUGUACGAUUUGAAUAAACUGUUAAUGCGCAAGCAGGAUUGGGGCAUAUGGGGCCUAAAGGUUGAAAGUGUUUUUAUUUUUCUGUGUUGCGACUCUUCCUUUACAUCCACCACUGACUCAUGUCUCAUUUGAAAAAUGAAAGAGCCGCUGCCGAGACUGCUGCUGGUACUAAAGAACAAAGAAAAUGUCAGCGUGUAAAAGCAGUGAGCUUGUUGAUAUGGUUAUUUAAUGGGACUCUGGUACAACAAUGUGCUCUUGGAUUUUGAAUGUAGAUUUUGCAACAUUAUGUAGAACAUUUUGUUUAUUUUUCAUGACUUUUAGAUCCAUCUACUUAAUUUUAUUUGGUGAAUAUUUUUUAAAGACAAAGACAUAAAAGAGAGUUUGUUCUUGCCAUCUUGUGACUGUUUCCUAAUCUCCAUAGAAAUUGAUGUACUGUAGUGGAACCUUCAUUGCCAAGCCAAAGAAAGCCAAGCACCUGGACAAAGUUCACUUUGAACCUUUUCACACACAUUUUGUCAUGGAAACACAACAAGUUCUAUGCGUGUGAGAAAAUAAAUCAAAUUCACCACCAGGUGUUUCUGUUUGUUUAAAACGGACUUGUGCUGCUCAACAAACAUCCAAAGCCACUUGUAUGUUAAAUAAAACUAUAAUGGGUUUCAUAGCCUCA